GAGAUGGAGCCGCCCAUUGUACUGACCCACAGCCCCACAGGCCACAGUGAUGUCUGUGGCUACGGAGUGAUGGCGCCUUGGCCACUUGUUUAUAGUAGAUGUUGAUGUCGUGAGGAGAAGACUUGCAAUUGCAAGUCAACGAGCUAGCUCCGGCUCAAAUGAGCUGCCGCAGAGCUUCCAUACCUAGCUCGCCCCGGCCCCUCUCUGCCCCCAUGCCUUGCUCGCGGAUCUGCUGCUGUUGCCGCUGCAGAAUGGGAAGGCCUUAGGCGACUGGGAACCACGGUGGCCUCACCUGAGCUUCGCUGCUUCCACUCAUGUCAUGGCAAUCAGGCAAUGGCAACCUGGCAGAAGCACUGGUCGAGUAUUCAGAAAAUUCGCAAUUCCUUACAGAAGAGAGCAACCAAGCAGCUCUUCUGAAACGGGAAUGACCUUUGGUGGCUUUAUCUGUUUGCUUCUACCUCAAACGAGAGGGGUGUCACGUAAGGAAUCACUAAGGCCUGGUUUGGACAAACCAUUGCCCGGUGGACUGAGUUGAUUGAUGGGGAACUGAACUCUCCUCUGUCCUCUUCACUAGGUAGGUUGAGCACUUGAGCUUCGGUCUAACAGGCAACAGCACAGCACAGCACUAUGGGAAGAGCAACACUUGAGGGAAAAACCCGGAUCGUUGGCCCGAAAUGGCGCGUCUUGGCCCGCCUCAAGAAACUUGUCGGCCCGGGCAAUUGGUGGGCUUGCGUGGGGCCCGCAGGCAGCAGGGCAGCAGGGUCAACUAGCCCACUCACCGUACUAGCAACUAGCAAGGCCGAGGAACAUCACAGGUGCACCUUUUUAGGCCCACUUUGUGUUGCCUCGCCGCAGGCCUUGAACAAUUCCUCGGUCGUAGAGAAAAAAAAUAUUUUUGGUUGUAUUAUUUACACUCACUCAGCUAGGAGGCUGGCAACAAAUAAUUUGUGUCACCGUUUCAGCCUUCCUAAGUUUGGCUCUCAUGUACCAACCCCAGAAGCUGGUAGGCACAACACAAAACACUUCUUUCGGGUGCAUAAGCAAAGGAUUAGAGAAAGGUUUUACUUAAAAGUUGGAUGGUGUGGAAGCUCAAAUCAAUUAAAGAACAAGGGUCUGAUCAAAUAAUGGAAUAGGUUAGGGGUUUAUGCGUGUGAACACAACACACAAAUCCCGAGAAAUUUCGAAAGGGCACAUUGCACAUACAUACCCUUACCCGGCUCAGAGGUGCAUGUAUGUCCAAGAACCAAAAGCUUUGGACAUUCACAAGUGUUGACAUUUCACUGGUUAGAUAAUGCUGGCACCGGGAAAUUUCUCCAAUAUCCUUUUUUUUUCUUUUGCGACGCUUACCCAGUUGCACAACAGUAUACUAGAUCCUGCAUUAGCAUUACAUCAUCAAUCCCAUUUUCUUGAGCGAAGUAAAGCCGCUAAAGUGAAGCUUCCGUCAAAAUUCAUCUGCUCAUGGAAGCAAUCCGUUUUCUGGUUAAAAGCAUCUGGUACAAAUAUUCUCCUCUCAUCUGGUACAAAUAUUCGUCAGAAUCCCGCACUUUUGCACUUCAACCCCUCUCUUUUUUUUGAAAGGAACGGCAAAAGCUUUGCCGUAAAUUUUAUUAGAAGAGAAAAAAGGAAAAAAGAACAAGUCUGUACAACAGGAGUCUGUACAACAGGCAGUAUCCCAUCCACUUCGACCCCUCUCAUCUGCCACAAAUAUUCUCUUCUCCUCCCCAUCGACCUCGCACACCACCGCGGACCACGGGCACCACCACCUGCUCGGAGAGGCUUUAAACCCUCGCACGCUAACGCCGCUCCGGCAACGGCAGCCCGGCGUCUCCCUCCGCACCUCAAGAUCGUCUCCUACCGACCGCCAUGGUGAACGCUGCUUCCGCCGCGGGCUUCGCCGACCUGAUCGCCGCGAUCAUGGCGCUCGAGAUCUUCUUCUUCCUCGAACCUCAGUCGACGGGUGCGGGUACCGCGCCAUCGGAGCAAGCCCCGCUGAUCGACAGCGCCGUCGAGCUCUGUCUGCCGCUGGCUGCGGCGGGGACUCUCCUCACCGCCGUCGCGUUCGUCUACAACCACCUCAACUGUCACGCUGCCGUCCCCGCAGCCGGCGCGGCCAACAGGCGCGUCUCGGGGGUUGCCUUCUUCAUCUUGUGCGUUUCCGCGGGCGUCCUCGACUUAUUCUUCUACGUGCAGCCGCCGGCUGGUAGCGUGGACCACGGCGCGCGAGCUCGCGCGCUCGGUCUGGGCGCUCUCCGCGCGCUGCCUGCUGCGGCGACGGCGACGUUCUUUUGGGGGAUGAUGCUCAUCAUCAUCGCGCACGUCCGCGCCGGCGGAGAAGGAGGCGGUGGCGCCGGAGCCGGAGCCGGGCACGGGGCGAUCAAGAUGGCCGUGCGAAUCCUCACCAUGAUCGCGGUCGGAGCGGCGGCGGGACUCGCCUUCCUCGUGAUCAUGGCCCUUUGCGUCAAGUAUUAAAACCAAGCUGGAAGAAGAGGUGCCAACUGGCUACGGUAUCUCCAUAAUGAAUUUAGUCAUGUGUAAUUAUAUUCAGAUGAAUGUUGUACUAAAUACGGUUCUGGUCGUGCUGGUUAUUUGUGACUACGGUAGUUGUCGAGUCAGGGGUGAUACUUUGAGCUUGUUGGUCUAUUCUGAACAAACUUUUCUCUGUAACCAUUUGAUACGUCUGAUGUGCGAUUGCUUUGGUGAAGUUCAUAUGCGUGGUGCAAUCUUCAUA